AAUGACAUUUCCUAAAACGUCACAACUUACAAAUGUCAUAUUAAUCAAUAAAUUUUAAAAUAUAUUUUGAGUAGUAUAUACACACUUUUUAUCUAAAUAAAAUGUCGGAUUUCUUUGUCAAAGAUGUAACCCUCCAAGAAAAUAUUCCAACUACAAUACUUUUUGAUAAACAUAUAGAUUUUAUUAAAGAAUAUGGUCAAAAAGAAAGUAGCUAUGACUAUGGUAUGACCGAUUAUUUAAGAGUUUCGGGUAUGUAUUGGGGUCUAACAGCUUUGGAAUUUAUGCAUGCUCGACCCCCUAAUAAAAAAGAGAUUUCGGAAUAUAUAAAAAAAUGUCAAGACCCAGAAAGUGGUGGAAUAAGCGCUUGUAUUAAUCAUGAUCCCCACAUACUACACACUCUUAGUGCAGUGCAGAUACUUUGCAUUUAUAAUAAUCUUAAAGCUAUUGAUGUAGAUGGUGUAGUAAAAUAUAUAGCAAGUCUCCAAUUACGGGAUGGUAGUUUUUCAGGAGACAAGUGGGGGGAAGUAGAUACUCGGUUCUCAUUUUGUGCAGUUGCUACUUUAUCACUACUAAAUAGAAUGGAUGCAAUUGAUAUUGACAAAGCAGUUGAGUUUGUGUUAUCUUGUAAAAAUUUUGAUGGUGGUUUUGGAUCUAGACCACUCUCAGAAAGUCAUGCAGGUCUUAUUUACUGUUGUAUUGGAUUUUUAUCAAUAACUAACAGGUUGGAUGCUGUAGAUAGAGAUACCCUGGCAUGGUGGUUGUGUGAAAGGCAAUUACCAUCUGGUGGUUUGAAUGGAAGACCUGAGAAAUUACCAGAUGUUUGUUAUUCAUGGUGGGUAUUAUCAUCACUAACUAUUCUAGGAAGGCUUUGUUGGAUAAAUGCAUCUUCAUUGAAAAAUUUUAUUCUGGCUUGUCAAGAUACUGAAACUGGAGGAUUUGCAGAUAGACCUGGGGAUGUUCCAGAUCCUUUCCAUACAAUAUUUGGAUUAGCUGCAUUAUCACUUUUAGGACAUGAUUCUGUGAAACAAGUUAAUCCUACUUAUUGUAUGCCACAAGAAGUUAUUGAUAGAUUACAGUUGAAACCUCAAAAAUUAUGAGUUUCACAGCACACAGUAUUGUUUAAAAGUAAAUUUCAAGCAUUGCUUAUGUUAUGAUAAGAUCAAAAUCGUAUUUUUAUUAAUUUUUAAAGGACAUACCAAAAAUAAGUUUAAUACUACAAAAUUACAUGGAACUGAAUGUUUUCUGACAUUUUAACUACUAAACCAUAUAUGUAUAUAUUUUUGAAAAUGCCUAUUAUAGAUUUCAAUUACAAUAAUAAAGUUAAAAAAAAAAUAGAAGAAAAAAUAUUUUGAAUAAAUUCUGUAUAAAAUAUCUAAACAUUAGAAAAUUGUUGGAUGAAACCUUCCCAGAUUGCUCGUGUUGAAGAAGUGAGGAUAGAGGAAAGUGAAUUGCUUCAUGUUCAGAAAGAUAAUCAAGAAUGAUUGAUGCCUCGAUAUAUUAUGUGUGUUGAAAAUUGAUAGUGAAUAGCUUGUAGAGAUUCUGUGAUUUUGGUUGCAAAAUCAACGUUUAAUUCAAUUCCGAUAACGUUAAUAAAAAUACAAUGUGAUUUUGGUUAACUACAAAAAUAGCUCAGUCAUAGAUUAGAGACCUCCUAGAUACACAACUUCAAUGAGUAUUUGAUUAACACUAUAUGAUGAAAAAAGAAAUUGAUUUAUGAUAAUAGAGUAAUUUCCACCACGAGUACAACGUGAUGAGAACAUUAAAAUUUCAAACCAGUUUAUUAAUUGGAUAACUAUAGUCUGUGUUCAGUUUCGCCUUACAGUGUUGCCUAUAAAGGUCACCUAUAUCUGUGUUGUUUCAAAACCAAUACAAUAUUUUUUUUAAUAUAAUUUUCUUAAUCUAUUGAUCGUCGUCUUAUUCAAAUUGAAUUGGCAAUUGUGAGACCAAUCAUCACAUAUGAGACGGAAUCAUUAAAGAAAACCCCCUCCUUAAUAAUGACCAACAUUGAGACAUACCUCAGGACGAUGCAUCGAAAAAGUUAAACUUUUACAAAAACUUCAUCUCAAUAAUAAGUGGGAUCAAAACAUCAUAUAAGAAAUGCAAUUAAAUGGUAUAUGGAUGGAUCAAAAACAGCAGACGGACCUUGAAUAGGAGAACCAAGCACUUUGAAAGCCUGGGCAGCACACCAAGCAUUUUUCAAGCAAAAAUUUAUGCAAUCGAAGAAUGUGUUCAGUUCAAUUUAGAGACGCAAAUAGGAGAUCAUCAUCCUUUCCGAUAGUCAAGCAGCCAUUAGAGCUUUAAGCUCAUAAAAUCCAAACUCGUUUGGGAUUGCCUAGCAAUACUGAACAAGCUAGGCAUGAAAAUUAAAAUUACUCUACAAUGGACUCUGGAACACACUGAUGUGAAGGGAAUUGAAUUAGCUGAGAAUCUCGCUAAAGCAGGGGCUAAUAAGUCCUUCUUGGGACCCGAACCCUUCUGUGGUAUCAGCUACAGAACAAUGGAAAAAGCACUCGAAAAGAAAGUAGGAGGAUAGGAGCAAAACCAAUGACACUAACCAACCCCAGAGCACUACACCUAGAUGCGUAUGAAAUAGGAGACGAAGAUCUCUGACAACUAAAGCCAUCCCACAUUCUAGACGUUUUAAAAGGAGUGGGAUUGAUGGAUAAGUUGUAAACACUGGGUUCUCCAGUAUCGCAGCAUGAAAGGGGAACACAAUAGAUCCUUUGAGUCGCAGUGUAUACGAAUUCCAAAUCCAUACAUACAAGCUCUAUUGAAAUUCAUAUUGGUCUAACCAUUUCAACUCUCUAGAGUAGCACAGCUUAUUUUUGGGUACUGGCUAUUUAGGUACCUUUUUUCCUAGAGGUAAAAGCAACCUUUUCCAGGGGUUCAAAAAUUUUAUGACCAAUGUUACCUCAGAAAUCGAUGUAUUGACUAAGCAGCUUGUUUUAAAGAUUUGUUAUAAUUGAUAUUUUCUAAGUAAUUAAACGAUUGAAACUUUGCAUUGUUCAGUUAAAAAAUGCAUUUUAAUCUUUUUUCAAGAAUAACUAUAAUAUUUCAACUAUCGAAUAAAAACAUAUAGAACACAAAUAUAGCUAUUAAAAAACGAAGAGAUUUAUUGUUCAAUGACAUCAAUAGCACUGUUUCAUUGGCCGAUGAAUGAUUGUUAUUUUUUACGAUCACCGAAAAUGAAAACCUUCAAGGUUAAUAACUCCAAAAAGAAUGAAAUUUUUGGAAAAAAUUUGAGAUACUGAAAAUGGAAAGCUCUUAAAUAUGAGCACUGGUAUGAUAUCUCUAUAAAAAUUUUGAUUGACAUACAAAAAAAUUGAAAUUAAUCAUAUCAAAUGUGCAUUUAACUUGAACAGUUCUAAUUCAACUGUUUGGAAUGCUUAUUUUAUAAAAAAUUAUUAAUUAAAUUAAAAAUUUCAUUUUCGUAAUUCUGAAGGAAAUGCAUUUUUCUUAUAUAAACAAAAAAAUAAAUUUCUUAUUUCUUAGACCUUUUUAUAUGUUUAUGUUUCUAAAUGUUUUCGAUUUUAGGUCUCUUCUGUUUCAAAAUUAGUUUUUUCAAUAAUUUUUGGAGUCUUUAUCAAAAUAUUAUAUUGACACUGACAACUUGCUUAUUUAUAUUCUUCAUCAUGAAUAUCAAAAAAAGAAUAAAAUCAAACUAGACCUUUUGUUCUAAUAAGAAAAAUCCUUGGUCCUUACAUCUUAAAUAUAUAGCAGUAAUCAAUUAAAUUACUUGUAGUUUUAUUGGAAUUUACAAAAUAGAACUAUAAAUAUAAAUUGAUAGUUAUAUAUAUAUAUAUAUGUAUAUAUGUAAUUUGAUCCAACUUUAUUAUUCAAAUAAUUAAUGGUCUCAAUAAACUGAUCAUCAACGUU